ACGAUAGUUUGCGAUAGUGCCACCUCCGUCGCAAGUUCGCUUACUGGCCACCAGAGCGCGCCACGGUGCUCGGUAUUACUGCAUUAUUGUUUUUUAUCAACUCGCUAGAAAUUACGCUAUUCCCAAAAAACCGCAAACCCGCGAGUGUUUAUGUUGCGUUCCGAAGUGCAUAUCAUAGAUUAGUAGUAUUAGUUACCCCGCAAUCGGCCUGCUAUCCAAAAAACACGCGUGAUUCCCCUGCCACCCACGCACAUAGACCCCGAUAUUUCUCUUUUUCUUGUUUUCGACCCCUGACUGCGUUUGUGGAUUUUCCCCCAGAAAAAAAUAAGGCGCAGAGAAAACGCAAUUCAGCAGCAGAUCGAUUAGAACGGCAGCAAACUGAAUCCCCCGGGAUACGGAUAAUGGAGGUUUCCGCCGAUCCGUACGAGCAGAAGCUCUACCAAAUGUUCCGCAGCUGCGAGACGCAGUGCGGACUUCUGGACGAGAAGUCCCUGCUGAAACUCUGCUCCCUGCUGGAGCUGCGGGAUCAAGGAUCCGCACUGAUCGCCAGCCUGGGCGGCAGCCACCAGCUGGGCGUGUCCUUUGGCCAGUUCAAGGAGGCGCUUCUCAACUUCCUGGGCUCCGAAUUCGAUGGCACGACGUCAUCGGGUUUUAUUGAGCGUUCACUGGUGAUUACGGAUGAGCCGCUGACCAGCACAUAUAUUGAGAGUCCGCCGGAGUCUUCCGACCGCGAAGUUUCACCCAAACUCGUUGUGGGCACCAAGAAAUACGGUCGCCGGUCCAGGCCACAACAGGGUAUCUAUGAGUUAUCCGUCACGGACUCGGACAAUACGGAUGAGGACCAGCUGCAGCAGGAGAAGCAGCGAAGUCUCAAUGGCUGCGAUGAGCUGGGAGUUCAGGUGCAACGUUCCUCGUCCCAAAGCGAUCUUCCUGGCAGCCGGCGCCUGCGGUCCGUCCACACCAGUGGUAGUAAACUGAAGCGGUGUGCUUCACUGCCAGCACGCCGGAAGAUAAACAGCAACAGCACGGGAGCAGCUACAUCGCCGACGGCAGCAGCCAAGUUGAAACAUCUGUCCAUCCAGAGUCAGGCGCAGCACAGCAGCAGCGUGGAAUCCCUGGGUAAGUUACCACUGGCCAGCAACCAACCCGAACUAUCCCAGAUUAGCCGAUCCCCUUGUCCCUGCCACCCUCUGUUGUUGUUAGCCCAAAAUGCGAAAAUUACGUUUGAAGCAAUGAUAAAAGUAAAACACUUGUCGGUACACAACGUAGGCCAUCACCUGGCCGCCAAUCCCGCACCGUCGUCCGAGCACUGGAGAUGCUACCACGGCGGCCGUUGGUCAUGCUGCAAAGACACCGUGACGCCUCAGCAGCUGGAGACGAUCUCAGUGCAUAGCAUUAUUGAAGCCUGGGAGCUGGCCAGCAUUCCCAACACUCGCAACCUACUUCACGUCCUGGGCUUCGAUGAGGAGGAGGAGGUGAACCUGCAACAGCUAACCAAGGCGUUGGAGGAGGAGAUGCGUGGCCUGGACGGCGAUCACGAGCAAUCGAAUAUGCUGCGCGCUCUGGCUGCUCUGCAGGCCGCAGAAUUGGGCAACUACCGAGUUGCCUAUAGGCAGCAGCACGAGGAGAACCUCAAGCUGAGGGCCGAUAACAAGGCGGCCAACCAAAGGGUGGCUUUGCUGGCCGUGGAAGUGGAUGAGCGGCAUGCCUCACUGGAGGAUAGCUCCAAGAAGCAGGUGCAGCAGCUGGAGCAGCGACAUGCCAGUAUGGUGAGGGAACUAACGCUGCGGAUGAGCAAUGACCGCGAUCACUGGACCAGCAUGACGGGAAAGCUAGAGGCGCAGCUUAAAUCGCUAGAGCAGGAGGAGAUCCGCCUCAGAACGGAACUGGAACUGGUGCGCACGGAGAACUUGGAGCUUGAGUCGGAGCAGCAGAAGGCUCACAUCCAACUUACAGAGCUUCUCGAACAGAACAUUAAGCUCAAUCAGGAACUGGCCCACAGGCCGAGCAGCAUUAGUGGCACUCCGGAGCACAGUCCAAUGCGACCAGGAAGGCAUAGCGAGGACAAGGAGGAGGAGAUGCUCCAGCUAAUGGAGAAGCUGGCUGCUCUUCAAAUGGAGAACGCCCAGCUGCGUGAUAAGACUGACGAACUGACCAUCGAAAUCGAGAGCUUAAAUGUUGAACUAAUUCGAUCGAAAACCAAGGGCAAAAAGCAAGAAAAACAGGAGAAACAAGAGGACCAGGAGUCGGCGGCGACGGCCACCAAAAGGCGCGGAGAUUCGCCAAGCAAAACACACCUCACAGAGGAGAGCCCUCGUCUAGGAAAGCAGCGCAAGUGCACCGAAGGAGAGCAGAGUGAUGCCAGCAACAGCGGAGAUUGGUUGGCUCUAAACUCUGAGCUCCAAAGAAGUCAAAGCCAAGAUGAGGAGCUAACAAGCCUCAGACAGCGGGUGGCUGAGUUGGAGAAGGAACUCAAGGCUGCAAGGGAGGGCAGAUCUCUCACUCCGGAAAGCCGCUCCAAGGAACUGGAGGCCAGUCUCGAGCAAAUGCAGCGCGCCUAUGAGGAAUGCGAGGACUACUGGCAAACGAAACUCAGCGAAGAGCGGCAGCUGUUCGAGAAGGAGCGACAGAUCUACGAGGAUGAGCAGCACGAGAGCGACAAGAAGUUCACCGAGCUGAUGGAGAAGGUGCGCGAGUACGAAGAGCAGUUCAGCAAGGAUGGCCGAUUGUCGCCCAUUGAUGAGCGGGAUAUGCUGGAGCAGCAGUACUCGGAAUUGGAGGCCGAGGCAGCCCAACUGCGCUCGAGCUCCAUUGAAAUGCUCGAGGAGAAGGCUCACGAAAUUAGUUCUCUGCAAUCGGAGAUAGAGGAUUUGCGACAGCGAUUGGGUGAGAGCGUCGAGAUCCUCACGGGCGCCUGUGAACUCACAUCGGAAUCGGUAGCCCAACUGAGUGCCGAGGCGGGAAAAAGUCCAGCCAGCUCACCCAUCAGCUACCUCUGGCUGCAGAGCACCAUCCAGGAGCCGGCGAAAUCCCUAGCUGACUCCAAGGAGGAAGCCACCGCCAGUGCCAUCGAACUGCUCGGAGGCUCACCAUCGCACAAGACAGCCAGCCGCAAUAACCUCACCACUUCGGAAACAUCCAUCUUCAGCACAACACCCUUCGAAAGCUCUCAGUCCGGUCCUUCGCCUACGAAUAGUGGCACUACCAAUGCCUCCGGCGCUAAUGCCGCUCCAGCUCCGAUCAGCAAACCCAAGAGGGCCCAGAGUCCCCAAAUUGCUCCAUCGGAGGGAGAGAUAGCCGAUUGUGAGACGUCGUCGACGGCGUCCAACAAGAGCUUCGAAUCCAACAGUAAAACGUCUUGCCUUAGCCACGAAAAGUGCAGCAGUCCGUCGGCACUGAAGGAGGAACUGAAGCGCCUUAAGUUCUUCGAGCUGUCGCUCAAGGAGCAGAUCAAGGAUUUGAGCCUGCAGCGGGACGGUCUGGUCAUGGAACUGCAGCAGUUGCAGGAGGCGCGACCCGUUCUCGAGAAGGCAUAUGCGCGAACCACGCAUCCAACGCUUCAGCAGCGACUGAACCAAUUGGAGCUGCGAAAUCGCCAUCUGCAGAAUGUCAUCAAGCAGCAGCAGCAAUACACCGAGUCCCUGAUGCAGCAAUCCUGGCGGCAGCAUCAAGUGGAGCUCAACGAUCUGCACAGCCGAAUCGAAACACAGGGUGUUUUGCUGGCGGAUCAGACACAGCGACUGCAGAGUGCCGACAUCCUGGUGAAGGACCUCUAUGUGGAGAACUCCCAUCUGACGGCCACAGUGCAGCGGUUGGAGCAGCAGCGAGCUAGGGUGAACCUGAUUCAUCAGCAGCAGCAGCAACAGCGACUUGUGGGCGGCGGACUGCCCGGCAUGCCUUAGUUUGCCCCACCGGCAAACGGAUAUAGCUUAUAGUUAAAUAUGAAAAAGACAACCUGAGGAUAGGUGCUCAGCAUCAGCAGACAUCGAACAUGCACCUACCCAUAGAUCGUUAUGAAUGUUUAAUCAUAUACAACACUCGGUAGAUUAAGUUUGCAUACUCGUCGUAUUCGUACGUUGCGUUUUUGUGAAUGAAUGUGAAUCCAUGUUGUUCGACACGAGAGCACCGCAGCAAUAACUACAGUGACUAUAAUCUAAACUUAAACUCACCCACGCGCAAAUGAGGAACAAUCCACACUAGUGUACCAAUUUGUAACACAUCUAGUAAUCGACUAACUAAUACGAAUGGAUAAACUAUUUACACGAGCUAAAGGCAUACAUUCGAUUGGACAUUUACGAAGAAGUAUCCACGUAAUAUAUGUUCGUGCAUGUCUCACUGCAAUGUUGAUCUUACUAAUUGACUACUGAAACAGUUAUCGUAUAUUAAUUAUAUUAGAAGAAACAGUAUUUUAAAUUUGUUAUGCGUCUGAGUAGGCGAGCACGUUUAUCAAUGUUUAUCACGUGCCCAAUCAAAUGCAUCGGAAUUGUUGUUAAAUUUAUUGAUAGAGAAAAUGAAAAUGAGCGUAAAAGAUGAUCUAUGAUAUUGAUGUAAUAUGUAACGACAAAAGACCUGUAAAGCUGUAACCAUACACACGAAUCUAUGUAUUUAAAUUGCGAUUUAAGUUAGCCAAUACUCUUCAAUAUUGCUUUUGCGAACGCGAUCUUUUGUUAAACGUUUAUUCGUCCCCAUAACUCACUCGACUUAUAUGUAAAGAAAAAAACCUCAACUUAGUUUAUCAAUCACACGAUUUUGUGUAAUCAGUGCUUAAAUCAAUACUUUCGAUCAAAAUAGAAGUUUACUUUUUAAAAGUAUAAAAAAAUAAUACAAAAAAAAAAACCAAAUAUACAAUUAUUUAUAAAACCAA